UGUAGUCUGCAAUUUUUGAGUUGGUUGUCAAGGAGACAUGUGGCUAUUUCGGUAGAAUAGCAUUUGAGUUUUCCGUAGUUCUUUCGCGUCUUUCUUAAAGUUAUCUACCGUUUAUCAAAUAAAAUGGAAAACACUUUGGUGUCAGCAGCCGAAACAUCUUCAAUAAAAGGGAUCUUAGCGAAACCGAAUAACAAUAAAAGGCAAACUUGGAUGUCGCUAGUUGAAAAUGUUGUUAAAAAUGUAGAUAACACAAAUGGCGAAUUGACAAGUUUACUGGUAAAAAUUGGCGAAGCUGAAAAAAUCCCGGUCAAGUGGAAUAGAAUAAACAAACCAAAGUUUAUGAUCUUUUUGAACAAUGUUGAUGGUUAUCAAGUUAAUCCUAAAGUAGAUGAGCAAUCAUGGGAUCUUAUUUCAAAAGCCCUGAAAGAUGACCGUAAUCACAAAGCCAAAAGUAACACAACAAAUGACAGUAAAAAACAUACAGCAACCAAUAAAGUCAUAGCUGAAGAAAAUGGAAACAAGGAAACCAAUGGUGUUAUUUCUGGCAAAGUUAAUAUGAAAUUGAAAAAGAAAACUGAAUCACCAAUGAAAGAAACAGCAUUUGAAGAAAAGAGAAAUGCUAGAAAAUUAGCUAAAAAACUAACCAGACAAAACAAUGCCAAGAAAAAACUUAUUGAUAAUGCUAAAUGGACCUACAUGAUUCAAAGUUUAGUAAAGGAAGUUGAUGUUGACAAUGAAGAACUAACAAAUCAUCUUCAGAGAAUAAGUCAUGCCCCAAAUAUUCCUCAAAAAGUAAAAUGGAGUUCAAUGAGUAGGCCUAAAUUCAUGACUUUUUUGAUGAAUAUCCCUGCUUAUAAAGUGGAUCCAACCUUAACUGAUAGCAUUUGGAACCUCAUUAGGAAGUGCUUGCAUGAAAAUCAAACAAAGAGGGCCAAAAGCUUGAUUAGUGAAAAAGUCAAAACUGGUUCAAAAGAACAAGAACGGAAACAGACCUGGAUGAGUAUCUGGCAAAAUGUAACUGUUAAUAAUAAAGACAGGAAUCUGAUCAAGAGCUUACAGAUCAUAUGUCAAGCUGAGAAAAUCCCGAGAUAUUUGAACAAACUCAGCCAAAAGAAAUUCAUGGCGUUUUUGCAAAACUUGCCUACUUUUCAAGUGAAUCCUGCAACAGAUGAAAAAAUAUGGAGUCUUUUUGUGAAGUUCUGGAAGAGCAUAAGAAAAAUGCAGCUCUGAAAGUUGAUGAGGUGAAACAAGAAGAUCAGGUUGUAGAAAAAGGAACCAAGAGGAAAGCUGCGCCCGGGGAUGGGAAAUUUUUCAAUGGCAACAAGAAAGUGAAAAACGAAGCUCAGGAAAGCCUGUCUCCAAUUAAAAAACAUAGCAGUAACAAUGGUGACAACCAUACUGCUGGAGGUGACAAAAAGCUGCCCGUUGAAAAAUUUGCUAAGACAAAGUCGCGGAAGAAAAUUUGAACCAAAUCAAAGAUUCUAUUGUGGUAAUCAUAAAGACUGUUAAAGUUUUGCAAGCAUUGACGAUGUUGCAUAUGAAACUCUUGAGAUUGUCAAUGAAAAGCGUGUUUAAAAGUAACAUGUACAGGUUACGAUGAGAUUCGUGUAUUCAUUAAACGAUCCACUUCCUUGUUA